AUGGCUGUGAGUGAAGCCCUGGUGUGUGUCAGGAACACUCUCCUGUCACUCUGGCUGGCUGUAAUUCUGUUCCUAUAUGGAUGGUCCCAGGCUGUGCACUCCCGACCCCAUGGUGCCCCAGAAGUGGUGAUUCCCUUGAAGGUAGCAGGCUUUGGCAUGAAGACUAGAGACUGGCUCUCUUACAGAAUGCAUUUUGGGGGCCAGAAUCAGAUAAUCCACAUGAAGGUCAACAGGCAUUUUCUGUCCAGACACUUCCGAGUAUUUACCUACACAGACCAGGGCGCUCUCCUUGAAGACCAGCCUUUUGUAAAGAAUGACUGCUACUACCAUGGUUAUGUGGAGGGGGACCCAGAAUCCCUGGUUGCCCUCAGUACCUGUUUGGAGGGUUUGCAAUUGGGGGGGUUGCAAGGAAUAUUACAGACAAAUGACGUUGUUUACGAAAUAGAGCCCAAGAGACUUUCUACCACAUUUGAACAUUUUAUAUAUAAAGUGGACAGUGAGGAGACACAAUUGCCACCCAUGAGAUGUGGAGUAACAGAUGAAGAAAUAGCAAGACAACUGAAGUUUCAUGAGAGUGUUAAUUUCACUUUGAUGCAGAGCGGGUAUGAAGGCUGGUGGACUCACAGGCGGCUUCUUGAACUGGCCGUGGUGGUGGACCACAAUCGCUAUCUUCAUCACGAAAGCAACACCACAGCUGUGCAGUAUGAAGUAUGCUUUAUUGUCAAUGAAGUUGAAUAUUUUUUAUAUUCUCUAGAUGUUGAUGUUGUUUUAAUGGGAAUUGAGGUCUGGACUGAAAAAAACCCAAUUAAAAUGGGUUCGAUAGGUAAUGCCCUGGGCACAUUUUGCAAUUGGAAGCAAACUAGCUUUAAUAAGCGCAUUCCCCAUGAUGUUGCACAUCUUUUGGUAAAGCAUGGCUUUGGUAUUUUUAUUGGCCUAGCCUUUGUUGGAACAGUAUGUAACUCUAUUCGUAAUUGUGCAGUAGAAAGUUUAAUGGACAAUAAUUUGAGUGCUGUUGCACACACUGUUUCCCAUGAGAUUGGUCAUAAUUUUGGUAUGAAUCAUGAUGACAAAACUUGUACAUGUGGACAAAAACAAUGCAUAAUGUAUCCAGUAAGAUCAAAAGGAAUUAGAUUCAGCAACUGCAGCUAUGCUAGCUUCAUGAAAACUAUUGCAAGGCAAAGCUGCAUCUACGUUUCAUCAAAUGCAGGGAACAUCUUCACACUUGCACAGUGUGGGAACAGUGUGGUUGAAGAAGGAGAAGAUGGCGCCACCUGCUGGGGUACCGACUACCACUUCGGGAUGACCCUACCUGACAUUGGUGAUGUGAAAGAUGGGACAGAGUGUGGGGAAGAACGUGUCUGCAUCCAAAGGAAGUGUGUCCAUAGGUCACUUCUGGUAACUGGUUGUUCACCUGAGACCUGCAAUCUGAAAGGAGUCUGCAACAGCAGACAGCACUGCCAUUGCAACUCGCAGUGGGAGCCUCCCUUCUGCCUGGAAAGAGGUCAUGGAGGUAGUAUAGAUAGUGGCCCACCUCCUGGGAGAACAGAGAGUCAAAAGGCCAAUAACCUGAGACCACUUUGGUUGAUUCAUUUUAUUCUUUUAUUAUGCUUGUUAAUUUUGGGUUUUCUGACACGCAGAAGAACAGAUAAGAGUGAAGAGCAGAAUGAGGCACCUUCACAUGAGUAA